UUCCAGUGCGCGCUUUUCGUGCAUCGUUUUGCAUCGCAAACUGCGCUCAAAAAGAAAGCAGGCGUCGAGAUUAAACCUUAAAAAGAGAAGUAUCGAUGGACUUUUGCGGAACUAACGUUGCGUUUCUGCGGUAAAGUUUGGGCAAAACUGUUCAUUCGCGUUUGAAGAUGACGCAUUCAUACAGCCAGCGGUCUCUGGUGGUGCUCGCGCUUUUAGGGAUUUUAUCCGGAAUAAUGUCGGUAUUAUCCGUCAUUUUGAUUUUCCAGCUGCAAGCCCAGCAGGUCACCAUAAAGGAUUCUCCGACUUUUGUGUCGACUGCGAUUAUCGCAGUUUUAUUGCCCGUUUCUACAGUGCUGUCAGCUUUGUCUCUAACGCUCAACCUGAGCUCUGUGGUUUUGUGUCUGCUUCAUAGUUAUUUCACAAAUGAAAUAUGCAGAGGGACACAAGAUACACUAAGGGCCGACUGGUUCCUAUUGGAUAGCAGGGCAGUCCGACACGUGGCCGUUGGGCUUUUUUGUCUCGGCGUUUCAGUUUACCUAGCUGCUAUGUCCAUUUACAUGUUGUUGGUGUUUGAGAUCGAGACUGGAAUAGCCGGCGCUUGUGUGCUCUCCGCUGGCGUUCUCUUCCUGCUAAUCAUCGUCAUUCACGUCCUUAUACAGGCUGCCUGUAGCACCAGGCGUUUCCACAAAGAACACCCUCAUACCCCGUACCAAAUGGACCCCAUUAGCCCAUCUAGAAUUCCAACGCCGAGAUUUACGGAUCAGCCAAGAAGGCAGCACAGCUUAGCCAGUCUGCAUGCGCAUUUCUCAAAUCCUGCAACCGUUGAACCCAAGCAGAGACAGCAUUACUCUCCAUCCAAUGGGCCCUAUGGUCACUCCAGAGACCAAGAAGGUUACGGCGGUGGCGGCCGAACACACCGGACCCUUACGAACGAGUCUAUCCAAGGCAAACCGUGGACCGGGGUGAACAGCGAGAUGAGAUCCGUAUUGGCUCGCAAAGCUACAGUCAAGGACUCUACUUUAGUAUAAAUGGGUAUUUAUUUAAUAUGCUAUAUAUAUCAUAAUAAUGAUUAUAAAAUAAAUUGAUGACUGAGCAUCUGUAUACUGUUGUCCUAGAUUCUGAGGGCCGAGAUAUUUAUGUGACAUGAAAAGAUAUGAGAAAUGAUUUCUUGUACGUGAGAUUAUAACAUUAGAGGUGUUAACAAUCCACACUACAUGUUAAAAAGUUAUUUGUUGUAAAAUUACCGUUCAGCAACAGUGUAGCAUUGUUUUUAGUAGUUUCAAGUCUUUUUCAUUACAUUAUGUGUAGUCAUCAAGUUAUUAUCAAAUUUAAAUAAAAGUACACAGAGUGAAAUGAAAAGUUACACUUCAGUUCCACAUAAUAAUGCAAUAGAUUUGCAAGUCAUUGAAGAAAAAUGCGCUAAUUAUAAAUAAAUAAGUAAAAAUCUGCCAAAUAAUGGGAUACACGAUAAUGCUUAAAGUUUGUAAAAUACAUUUGAACUACAUUAAAGUAUAUUUUAAAACAAAAAAUUAUAUUACCAACAUACAUGUUUCACAUAUCGUCAUGUCCUACUGAAACCUGGUAUGUCCGAAUUUGCAGUUUUUUUGUAAAUGGAAAAAACACUGUACUUUUUUAAUGAUUAAAUACUGUUUUAUCAAGCAAGUUGACAAGCACUUCUGAAUACUUUUUUUAGGUUAGAUAUUUGCAAAACCCAGUGACAACCAUAUGGGAUGACUAAUUAUAAAAAAAAAUGAGGAUCACGAAAUAUGGAGAUAUGGACAGCAGCAUAUUUGCGAUGUUUCAAUUACUCUGAUAUUUCUAUGACGUGGUUUAAGUAACUGUGUUAUAAAACAUUCCAAAAUGUUAUUUUUACUUUCUAUCACAAUUCAAAAAAAUAGUACUACUUGGACCCUUGCCCUAUAACAGCUCAACUGAAGGUUCUUUAUAAAAACCACAAGAAAACAGCUCACUUCUCAAAGUAGAAACUCGGUUGGCUGAAGACAG